GUGGGUACAUUCAUUCUGCGCAGGUCUGAUCCUGAACUUUAUACAGACAGACUCCGGAGCUGUUAUUAGCAAUGGAGAGGAAGCAAAGAAGGGGUAUCCUGGAGCGCCUGAAUGCUGGAGAGGUGGUUGUUGGCGAUGGAGGUUAUGUGAUGCAGCUGGAGAGACGUGGCUACGUGAAGGCAGGACACUGGACACCUGAGGCUGCUGUUGAACAUCCUGAAGCAGUGCGGCAGCUGCACAGGGAGUUCCUGAGGGCCGGAGCUAAUGUGCUUCAGACGUUCACCUUCUACUGCAGUGAGGAUAAGCUGGAGAUCAGCGGCAACGUCACCAACAUCACUGGUGCCCAGAUCAAUGAAGCAGCCUGUGACCUGGCCAGGGAGGUAGCCAAUGAGGGUGAUGCAUUGGUCGCUGGGUGCGUCUCUAAGACUCCAUGUUAUGCAGAGAGUCACAGUGAGACUAAGGUUAAGGCCAUCUUUAAGAAGCAGAUGGACGACUUCCUCAAAAAGGACAUUGAUUUCUUUAUCGUGGAGUUUGUCAAUCAUGUGGAAGAGGCAGGCUGGGCAGUGGAAGUGCUGAAGACCAGUGGUAAACCGGUGGGUGCAACGCUGUGCAUCUCCCCUCAUGGAGACAUGGAUGGAGUCCCACCUGGAGAGUGCGCUGUCAGGCUGGUCAAAGCUGGAGCUGACAUUGUUGGCAUAAACUGCCACUUGGACCCUCUGACAGGCAUUCGUACAGUAAAGUUGAUGAAAGAAGGAUUACAGAAAGCUGGUCUCAAAGCCCAUCUCAUGAUCCAGCCACUGGGCUUCCACACCCCUGAGUGCAACUUAGGGGGAUACACUAGCCUGCCUGAGUACCCCUUCGCAUUGGAGACCAGAGCAAUUACCCGCUGGGACAUCCAUAAAUACACCAGAGAGGCUUACAAUGCUGGAAUUCGCUACAUUGGUGGCUGCUGUGGAUUUGAGCCUUACCAUAUCAGAGCUAUAGCAGAGGAGCUGGCUGCAGAGAGAGGAUUCCUCCCACCAGCUUCAGAGAAGCAUGGACUCUGGGGAGCUGCUCUGGAGAUGCACACUAAACCCUGGGUCAGAGCCAGGGCUCGUCGAGAGUACUGGGAAAACCUUUUGCCUGCUUCUGGACGUCCCAAAUGCCCUUCCAUGGCCACACCGGCUGAUGGUUAUGAAACAGCUGGAAUCUAACAUCCUGUCAUGAUCUCCUGUAUGCACCAAAACUCAACAAUUCAAUCUCAUUAUUUGUCUGUCUAGUUGGCUGACUCAUGUUAUACAUGCCAUGGUAGUUCAGUCAUUAGUGAAUCAACUGAUUGUGUAACUAUCUCUAAACAUAAUAACAAAUUGUACAUAAAAUGUAGUUUACUUUUGCUACUUAAUACACUUUUAAUUGUAUCUUCACAGGGUUAACAUCUUUGAAGCUUUUUGAUUUUAUGUAUUAAUUGCCUUUUAAUGUGAAUUACAUAAUUGUCACAUAUCAGUGUUAUAUAUGGCAUUACUUUUGCUGAUAUUUUGAUUAAAGAGGGGAGAAGAAAGGAAAAUAAAGGUUUUCUGU